AUGAACAGUUCUAGCAAUGGGAGUGAUGGGAUGGACACCAGUGGGCCCGUUCAAAGAGAGCUUCCUGGUGUGAGGAGGUCUCGUAUGGACGAAUAUUUUGACAAAUCCGGUGAUUUUAUGAGUAGACAUCCCAUUCUUACGGGUGUAGGUACGUUCUUUGCGUUAUAUGCAGCUGCUGGUUUAUAUAGAUCCGUGAGGAUCAAACUGAAUGGUGGGAAAGUUGCCUCGAGCUUCUUGAAAGGCGGGUUUGAACCGAAGAUGAACGUUAAAGAGGCACUACAGAUAUUAAAUCUUAAAGAAAAUAAUAAACUGACUACAAAGAGACUAAAGGAAGUUCAUAGAAAGAUCAUGUUGGCUAACCAUCCUGAUAAAGGUGGCUCGCCCUAUUUGGCUACAAAGAUAAAUGAAGCCAAAGAUUUAAUAGAGAAAAAAGGUCUUGUUAAAAAAUAG